UGUAGACGGAGAAUAAUUAGGAAACUUGCAUUUGUAAAUUUGAUUUUAUUGAAAAAGUAACUUUUCUGAAGCUGAUCUAGUGAUUCUAAUAGUGGAGCAUUCUCUCAGGCAACUGAAUGUCCUGAAUUCGAUCUAUAGCUGAGCCGUUGGUGAUCCCUGCCCAGAAGUCCCAUGCUAGAUUGAAACAUACAUUCACUGUUCCAUGAUUUUAAAUAAUACCUCAAAGGGGAAUAAUCCAACCUAUAAUUCAUAUUUAAACUUAUUAAAUAUAAAAUCACAAUAUAGAAUACCAUUAAUUUUUAACUGUACUCAAUAACAUUAACCAUGAUAUAGCUUAAUAAAUACAUUAUACAUUUCAAUUUGCAGUGACAUUCGAUACUAAAUCUCUACCAGUUUCAAUUCUACGAAAUUCCAUUCAACAUUGGUUUACACCUAUUAUGGAUGACUAUUAUAAUGGGAAUUCCAUCACUACUACUAAUCCCACUAAUGAAAUUAAACAAUAUUGGACAAAUCAAACACAACAAUUAACUAUUCAUAAUUUUCAAAAACCAAUACAAUUUACACCAAAAUUAUGGUCAUCAAAUAAUCCCAAUCAAUCAUUCAUUUCAUCUAUCCAUCAACCUACUAUUAAUUUGAAAACACAUGAAUUUAUAUCUAAAUUACCUUUAACAAAUUUGAAUUUACAAUCCAAUAAUGAAUCUAAUAAUUUCAAAGAUAAUGUACAGUUACAUAAUUCUUCAAAUUAUCCUCUUAAUCAUCAUUGUGCACCGACUGAUUACAAUACAUGGUCGGGUUCAGUAUUUAAUAACAGUAAUAGUAAUAGUAACAACAAUAAUAUUAAUGAGUAUAGUAGUAAUAGUAAUAGUAAUAAUAAUAGUAAUAAUGGUAAUAAUGAUAGAUUGUCAAAUACAACUCAAAUGAUUACUCUUCAACAUAAUAUGAAAUCUAAUCAUAAUAUUAUGUUCCCGAUGGAUACAAACUUAAUUCAAUCCAAUUUUUUAAUGAAUAAUGUAAAUUAUGAAAAUUCUAAUGAAUUCAUAUAUGAUUUAGAUAAUGAAUUAUCAAAUUGUUCAAGUAUUUCAUUACAUAGUAACAAUAAUAUUACGCAUAGAACACGAUCAUUAUCAUCCAUAAGAUCCAAUACUAAAUUAUUAUAUAGAUCAAAUCGUAUUAAAUUUAUGAAUAUAAGAAAAAAUAGACGUUUUAAAAAUCAUAAUUUACAUACAUUUCAAAGACAAGCAGCUAAUAUGCGUGAACGUAGACGAAUGCAAUCAAUUAAUAAAGCAUUUGAAGGUUUAAGAUCACAUAUACCAACAUUACCCUAUGAAAAACGUUUAUCUAAGGUAGAUACACUUAGAUUAGCAAUUGGUUAUAUACAUUUCUUACAAGAAAUUAUACAAGCUCAUUCAAAAGAUGAAAUAAGCUGGAAAGAUGUCAAUACAAAUUCCGAUACAAAUUCAAAUCGUAAUGAUUAUGACGAUGAUGAUGAUGUUGGUUGUAAUGAAGGUGUUGGAAUAAAAAAUGAUCAAAAUAAUGUUUUAAAUAAAAAGAAUUUAUUUAAUUCUACAUCAUUUACAAAAAUUUCAUCUACAUAUACCGGCAACUCUAAACAUGACCGAUUACAGUCUCAUUGUUCAUUUACAAUGAAUAAACUGAAUUCAAAUUACAAUUUAGAAGAUGAAAAUAAAAUUAACAGAGAAAGGAAGAUUAUUUUAAAUUUACCUAAAAAACUAUUUGAAAUGAUGAUGGAACAAAGGAAUGAUACAAGAAUUUUCGAAGAUUAUUCUCAUAUUAAUGAUAAAACAACAACAAUAAAUGAUCUUUAUCAUCAAUCCGAACAAAUUCUUCUUGGACAUAGUUUAAGUUGGCAUCGUGAUAAUCCACCAUGGAGUCGAAAUAGUUCAUCAAAUUCUACUAAUAUUUUGGUCUCUAAACUAUGGAUUCCCGAGAAGCUUGAGUGUAUUAGAGCUAUAUAAUUGAAUAACCAAUAGCAGAAUAUUUAACAUUUUGAUUUAUUUAAAAACAAUUUACAGCAUAAUAAUGAACAUUUAUAAAUAGCACAUAAAAUACUAACUAAAUGUAAUUAGUAAACAUGAUAAUAGUUUCCUUCGGAUUACAGUAUUCAUAUAACAGAAUACAAGACGGAACCCACAAAUUAAAAUAGCUAACAAAAAACAGAAAUUUUUACAAACCACUCAACAAAUACAAAUAAAUAUACGGAAUAAUUUUCCCUGGACAAUGUUUCUUCCAAAUGACCUUAUUGAUUAAUGCAUUUACCCAACUUUUGAGUUAGAGUAAACAUGAAUAGCAUCGUAUGGAUUAUGAGAUUAAUUCUUCUUUUUUAGAUUUUCACUUUAAAUUUUGUUCAGAAAAUAAAUAAACCAGUUUAUUUAAAGAA